AAGUCGUACAUUGCGAUUCAGGACUCCUGAAUCUUGACAGCUGUGCGUGAAGUGAGGAAUGGAUAUCUGAAAGCCAGAAUCACAUCAUUAUCAAGUGGACAUAACAAUUAUUAUCGUUUUUAGUUAUUAGAGAAAAACCCAUGCCGUUUUCUCUCUGGUGCGCAAAAGGAGAGGAGGACCCCUCUGUGAACAAGAGUGCCUGAGAGCCGAUGAGAAGUCGUGCCAGCGGAUGCUUUUUCUUAUUCUGUGUUUUUUAACGCAGUCCGGAGGAAUGGACUCUAACAUGAGUCGCCAUGACAAUAGAGGACCCGCGUCUCCCGCGUUGACUUAGCGGCUAAUGCGUUAUACGCACUUGUUUUUGUUAUUGUUUUAUUUUAUCGUUUCCCUCCAUCCGUUACUGUGAUCAAAUAUGCGCUAACCUCGCCGUCGCGAGAGACAAGGGUGUUGUCAGAAAAAAAAGGAAAAAGGAGGCGGGGGUCGAGAGGUGUUUAUUCCCCCUUCUUUUCUGUUCCUUUAUUUUAACUUCCCGUCUUUCUUUUAGCGCGUUCUUCACUUUUUUCGUUCGCUGCUUUGAGAAAGAGACGAGCGGACUGACGCGAGGACGGUAAAUUGGUGCGCGAGAGCCUGCGACACAUUCAUGACGAAUUACCUCUGAAAAAAGACACGGAUGGCAUAAACACCGGCUUCAGGACUGAAGUCUGAAAUAUCGCCGGAGAUUCCGCACGUCGACGUGAAACCGUUGAAUCACGGAAACUAAUAAGCGGAUUGCAACAGAAGCAUGUUGAGGUAACGUCAGCAUGAAGUUCUUCAGCUUUCUGGGUCAGCAGGCGUCUUGUUUGCUCCACUGAGGAGACCCGCCUCUCUUCUUCGAACCCCUUACGCUUCCUUACUGUAUCCCAACGUUGCGAUUUAGAAACUCUUACCCUUGUUUUUCCAUCCCCUAUCACUCACCCCACUCGAAUCAUGUCAUUGGUGGGCGUGGCGCGAUCGCGGCGGAAGUCAGGUCGCUCCUGCCCGCGCCGCGUAUCUGACACUUGUUUGGUGUGGCUGUUGGGAUUGGCGCUUCGCCUGACGCUCUCCUCCUGCCAGCGGGCAGACCUCACCGCCGCCAAGCACCCCAUGGUCACCACAGCCUACGGGAAGCUUCGGGGCAUACGCAAAGAGUUAAAUAACGAGAUUCUAGGGCCGGUCGAGCAGUACUUGGGCGUCCCCUACGCCACCCCGCCAGUAGGCGAAAGGCGAUUCCAGCCCCCGGAGGCACCAGGCUCCUGGCAGGACAUCCGUAACGCUACCCAGUUUGCACCAGUGUGCCCCCAGAAUAUCCACGGGGUGUUGCCGGAGAUCAUGCUUCCUGUGUGGUUCACCGACAACUUGGACGCAGCAGCAGCAUACGUGCAGAACCAGAGCGAAGACUGUCUUUACCUCAAUGUCUACGUUCCCACAGAGGACGGUCCACUCACAAAAAAACACGAUGAGUCUACGAUGAACAGGCCGAGGGACGAAGAUAUUAGAGAUCGCAGAAAGAAGCCUGUGAUGAUGUUUAUCCACGGAGGCUCGUACAUGGAGGGAACAGGAAACAUGUUUGAUGCCAGUGUUCUUGCGGCUUAUGGAAACGUGAUUGUCGUCACUCUGAACUACAGGUUGGGAGUUCUGGGUUUUCUGAGCACUGGAGAUCAGUCUGCUAAGGGGAAUUAUGGGCUGCUGGACCACAUUCAGGCUCUGCGCUGGCUCAAUGAGAACAUCGGCCACUUUGGAGGAGACCCAGAGAGAAUCACCAUAUUUGGAUCCGGCGCCGGUGCCUCAUGCGUCAACCUUCUCAUCCUGUCCCAUCACUCUGAAGGUCUGUUCCAGAGGGCUAUUGCUCAAAGUGGCUCGGCCAUAUCCAGCUGGUCUGUAAACUACCGGCCGCUGAUGUACACCAAGAUCCUGGCCAAGAAGGUGGGCUGCAGCUACAGCGACACUGCCGAUCUGGUGGACUGCCUGCGAAGAAAGAGCUACAGGGAGCUGGUGGAACAGGACAUCCAACCUGCACGCUACCACAUAGCAUUCGGACCUGUGCUGGAUGGAGACGUGGUUCCCGACGACCCAGAAAUCCUCAUGCAGCAGGGGGAGUUCCUCAACUACGACAUCCUGCUGGGGGUGAAUCAGGGCGAAGGGCUGAAGUUUGUGGAUGACAGUGAGGGUGAGGAGGGAAUUUCUGCAGCUUCAUUCGAUUACACCAUUUCCAACUUUGUGGACAACCUGUACGGAUAUCCAGACGGUAAAAACAUACUUCGGGAGACCAUAAAGUUCAUGUACACAGACUGGGCUGACCGAGAUAACGGUGACAUGCGGCGUAAAACUCUACUUGCGCUUUUCACUGACCACCAGUGGGUGGCGCCGGCGGUGGCCACAGCAAAGCUGCAUGCUGAGUUUCAGUCACCUGUUUAUUUUUACACCUUCCAUCACCAUUGCCAGACGGAGGCACGACCCGAGUGGGCAGAUGCAGCCCACGGCGAUGAGAUCCCGUACGUAUUCGGCGUUCCCAUGGUGGGCGCCACGGAUCUGUUUCCUUGCAACUUUUCCAAGAAUGAUGUCAUGCUCAGUGCCGUGGUGAUGACCUACUGGACCAACUUUGCCAAGAGUGGUGAUCCCAACAUUCCUGUGCCACAGGAUACAAAGUUCAUCCAUACCAAACCGAAUCGCUUUGAAGAGGUGAUCUGGACCAAGUUCAGCCCUAAAGACAAGCAGUACUUGCACAUCGGGCUGAAGCCUCGCAUCCGUGACAAUUACCGUGCCAACAAGGUGGCAUUCUGGCUGGAGCUGGUGCCUCACCUUCAGACGACCAUCUCACCCUGCAUCAUCGAGUCCACCACACGACUGCCCCCCGGCCCACUCUCCACGCGCCACCCCACGAUCUCCACCUACGCACCCGAUCCCGAUGCAUAUGGUUCGGAGCGCCCUCGCUUCUCCCCCUUCCCGGAUGAAACACGAGACUAUUCGACAGAGUUAAGCGUGACGGUGGCUAUAGGUGCGUCGCUGCUCUUCCUGAACGUGCUUGCGUUCGCCGCAUUGUACUACAAACGCGACAAACGUCACGAGCUGCUUCAACGGCGCCACCGCCGCCUCUCGCCCCAACGUGGGGCGGGGCCAGGUGUGGGCAUGGUGGGAGCCCCGCCCCAUAAUGACCUGGCACUCAGCCAGGAGGAGGAACUGAUGUCCUUGCAGAUGAAGCAACAGAGGGUGGAGCUUGACCACGGCACGCCCCUUCCCUCACGCGGUCUCCACGGCGACCUGGAUCCCCUGAGACCACCCGUGUGCCCGCCGGAUUACACUCUGGCGCUGCGACGGGCACCCGAGGACGUGCCACUCAUGACUAACACACACUCUAUUAUCCCCAGCACCAUCACUGGCAUGCAACCUCUUCAUGCCUUCAACACAUACCCCCCUGCCCCGGCACCGAGUGCGGGGCACAGCAACAACGCCCUGCCCCACCAACACUCCACCACACGAGUAUAGUAGACCCUCUGAGGGGACCAGACCCCUGAACCAUAGGAACACAGACAUAAUAAGAGUGGUGCUUUACACGGAUAACGUCCAAAACACCACUUGCAUCCUUUUUACUCGUAUCCUCACCCACUACACUGUCUUUCUCUCUCUCUUUUUCUGUCUUUUUUCUUUUCCUUACCGUUCUUGGAUAGAGUAUUGAUGAAAGUUAUGGGAGGAGAAAGCGCGGUCCAUUUUCCGCACUCGAUACAGCAGCUAUUACAUUACUGAGCUUCAUUUUUCUCCCUCUUUUUUUCCCCACGUUCCAUCUUUCUUUUUCUUAUCUUCUCCCCGACUUCUCCGCUGUAGCUGUUUCUAGUCCCCAAAAAAGAACAGUUUUUCCUACUUUGGACUGUUUUGUAAAUCAGGAAAACGUAUGUGUACAAUAUGUAUUAUUGAUAACCUUAUAAGGCUAUGAAUGAGAAAAGAUUCUACUAUCUAAUUUUUACCAGCAUUCUUGUGCCAAGUACUGUGAUCAUCGUCCUGUCAGACGCAGUCUCGUGGACAGACGUGGAAAGAAUCGCCUGAACUGGAUCUGAUCGAGGAAUUUACAAAAUCGAGGGGGAAAGUGCCAAAUUUGUUUUUCUUUUCUUUGUUCCCUCUUUUUGGUUUAUUUUUGCCUUCCGUUUUGCACUGUUGUUUGCAUAUGGGGAGAAAUGAAAAACACUAUAUGUUUAUAUCUAUAUAAAAGGAAAGAUAUAGGAAUCUUAAAUUUAUUUCUUACGCUUUGGAACAUUUGCAUGAUUUGGGUUUUAAGAGAAAAACCUGGACAACUGAGUUUAAAUCCACAUGCAAGAUUUAAGACUCAUCUUUCUUUGUCUUUAACUGUUGUCUUUUUCUGGAACAUCUCUUUUUAUCACUCUUUCUUUUUAUUUUGUGCACUUAAUUGGGGAUUCUUUUCUCUCUGUAGAUACAUGCUCAUAACCGGCAAUGAAAAAAACUGACGAUAAUAAAGAGAAUAAACAGUUCCCUUCUUUUUUUUCAUUUAUGAAUACAGAAGCCCCCGGACUGAUCAGAUCCCCCCUCCUGUCCUUCUUAUACCCCAAUUUUUCUCUCUGCUCGUGUAUUCCUCUGUAGUAUCACUGAGUUAAGGAACGGUCACUGUGCUGCACUGUCUCUCCGUAAAGACUCCGCCGAACAUCCAGGCUGACGGGAUCAACAACUGCGUCUCCACACAGCAGGAGUCUCUCCCUGUCUCUUAUCCAGAGCCCAUGAGAGCCCGCAACCUAUCCAGAACAUUCUGAGUUUGAACUUACUUGUCAUUAGGCGGACAUCUUGUGAUAUGCCUUGUCACCAGACCUACAGAUUCAGCCUCUCACCUCUUUACGUAUCUUUUCUGAAAUCUCUCUUUCAGGGUGCUGAGAACGAUCUUGGACAGCGUGGUUCGAGUGUGCGCGUGCAAGUGCGUGUGUAUGAACAUAAUGUAAGCUUGUAACGGGACAGACGGGUCUCUGAACAAGAGGUCUUGAUACUGAAACGCUUCUGGAACUUAGGUUUGGUCGGAAAAGUGCGAGCGUGUAACACGGACGUGAUCUGGAACACUGCGUGGCUGGAAGAGCCCUAAAGUGGAAGAGGCGUCGUCCCUCACGCCACUUGAAUAAACAUUUAUUAUACGCACACACUAAGGCGACUGUGCAUAUCGAGCUCAUUUUCUCCAUCCGUUUGAUUUGUUUCGUCUCGUUUUGACGUUUCUGUCAGUGGAAGGAUGACCACAAUACCACUUUCUGUCAUGCCAGACGUUCAGUCCUGACAAAAAAACAA